AAGGAAGGAGGAGGGGAGCUCUCAGCUGGGACUUUCCUCGCUGCCCUCCAGAGAGGAAAAAAAAAAAAAAGAAGAAAAAACUUUAAUCACAUGCAGGGCACCGCGCCGGAGAUGAUCCCCGGUGCCGCCGCUGCCACGGAGGAGGUAUGCGGACCUGUGCGCGGUGGUGGUGGUGGUGGAGCCGCGGGGGUCUGUCCCUGCGCUCGGGAGUCCUGCUCCUUCUAAUCCCGCCGCUUCUCCUCGCUCUCCAGCUGCUCGUCGUCGGGUCACGGUUACCUGAAGCCGCUCGGGUGUGGGCGGGGGCGCGGGAGCUGGACGGAGCGGUGGCCUUUUCCGUGAUCAGCAUCGAGCCGGAGAGGAGAAGUUCGCGCCGAGGAGGGGGAGCGCAGUCCCGGUGGCCGGGAGUGGAGAAGGACGAGGAGGAAGAGGAGGUGGAGGUGGACGAUGGAGAGAGGAGGGAGGGGGGACGCGCGUACGAGGAUGAAAACGAGAUUCAGUCGCGCCAGGGAGGGCCCAGAGCGUUGGAGGUGCAGCGGUGGGCGGCAGAGGAGCCGUCCUUCGCAGCAGAGCUCAGUCGUAUCAUCACAUAUAUCACAAGGCCACAGCUGAACUGCUCCAGGGUUUUAUCUCCGGGGCAGGCUCAGGCAACACAGCCCCCUGCAGCUUCAGCCCACUGGCUUCUGUGUGCUGAAGACUGGCUCCUUCCAGCUGCAGACAGAUCGUGUGUUGCAUACUCCUUCAGUAUGGAUGGGGGGGAUGCAGACUUUCUGAAGACUGUGUCAGGGUUAGGAUGCGAAGUCCACACUUUUGAUCCCACCAACUCCAAUGCAUCUGGUGGUCACCUUGGCAACAGUUUGGCGAGUAACCGUGGCGACGGAGGCGUGGUCAGCCAGCACAAGAUGUGGCUGGAGUGGCGAGCUCCAAAGAAGCGCAGGCACAAGACGAGAGGCAACCUGGGCAGUGUUUCUCAAACACUGGCAGAUAUCAUGGCAGCUCUGGGACACCACACAGUUCACUUCCUUUAUGCUGACCUGCUAAGUGCUGAGUGGCGAGUUUUCCAGAACUGGAUCGAGGCAGGAACUCUACAGAACGUCCAUCAUCUGGUUGCCACGGUGCACCUGCAGUGGGCAGGGUUUGAGGUGGGCGGGACUGAUGAGGAAGUGCUCCGCUAUUGGUUCAGCGUCCUUCAGGGUCUCCAGGCUUCUGGACUCAAGCUGGUCCACAGCUCUGCAGGAGAGGGUCACAGUGUCCUGAAACGGACAGUAACCAACGCUCACAGCUCCUACACCCUCAGCUGGGUCAACACGCAACGCUGAUGCUCACACUUUAUCUGAUUUGAUCGAUGGUGUCAAACAAAAAGAAGUUCAGGCUCAGAACAGUGGCUGAAGUUUCUCAGAAUAAUAACUUUUUGUCCUGAGAUUUCAGACAUACGUGGUUCUUCAUCUGACAGCUCCCUCUAGUGGACAUGAAAGGAUUUGCAUUUUUACAAUUCCACCAUCAGAGGGAAAUAUUGUAGCGAUAAUUCUGAAAAACUUGACCAAAUAUAGAGCAGAAGAAAACCUUGUUGAUUAACCUGGGCAGCAGCACAAUCAUAUAAUAAUUAUAUUUACAGAUUUUACCUCACUUGCAAUAUAUGAAAGCAGCACAUGUAUAUGUAAGGAGCAGCUGGACUGUGGCUAAACUAGUCCUAUACACAGAACUGCAGUCUGGCAGGCACCAAAAAUACUUUCAUGUCUUUUUUAGUUGAACCACAGACCUGCGCUUUCACAUGAAUCUUAAUCCAGCCGUAGCAUGAAUGUAGAUUCAACAAAUUAUUUAUUUGUGUACAGCCCUAAAUGCUUUUUUUUAUGUGCAAUAAAUCUUUACAUUGAAGAGAAGCUUAGAUUGUAUUUAGACUUAUCGUGCCUACUGUGAAAUAUGUAGAAAUUCUUCCAUCAUUUGAGCUUUUUUGCUCUUUACUCUGUACUGUAUUACAAAGAGGAAAACAAUGAAACCAUAAUGUGCAUUAAUAUAACAUUAAAUACCAAAUAACACCAGA